CUAAAUAGUCGAUACCGUUGGACUGAGUGAAGAUCGUCGGCAGCUCUGAGGAGAAACUUUGAUGCUGCUCUCUGCACCGAGCAGCAAGUUGCAGCAGGACUUUCCUUUCUUUCUCCGGAGAUGCUCUGAGAGGAAGUCAAGAGUUGAAAAUACUUCUCAAACGUCUGCAAACUCGCACUUUUUACAGAGAUGGAUCAGACGGCAGUGUGUGCCGGGUGCCACCGGCUGAUCAGAGACCGGUUCCUGCUCAGAGUCACGGACGGCCUCUGGCACGAGGAGUGUGUGCGGUGCGCAGCGUGCGGGGACGCGCUCAGGAACUCCUGCUUUCUGCGGGACCGCAAACUUUACUGCAAGCGGGACUACACUGAUCUGUUUGCAGUGCGUUGUGGGGGCUGUGCGGAGGCCAUCUCCCCUGCAGAACUGGUGAUGCGUGCAGGGGCCGCUGUGUUCCACCUGCGCUGCUUCACCUGCAGCGUUUGUUCCUGCCGCCUGCAGACUGGAGACCGCUGUGUCCUCAGGGAGGGACAGCUACUGUGUGCCAGAGAGGACUACCACCAGUGCGUGGCCAGCCCGACCUCCUCCGACACAGGUAAAAGUGAAGAUGAAGAAGAGGAGGAGGAGGACACUGGGAGGGUUACAGGCAGACGAGUUAGAUCAGACGACCUGGAGAGCAAACGUCCCAAAAGGCCGCGCACCAUUCUGACCACUCAACAGAGACGGACCUUUAAAGCCUCCUUUGAGGUCUCAUCCAAACCUUGCCGAAAGGUAAGGGAGACCUUGGCAGCAGAGACUGGUCUGAGCGUCCGGGUUGUGCAGGUCUGGUUCCAGAACCAAAGAGCCAAAAUGAAGAAACUGGCCAGGAGGCAGCAGCAGCAGCAGCAGCAGGAGCAGCAGCAGACUCAGGAGCAGAGAGAGCACCCGUCACAUCACACAGCGCCCUCCUGUGGCAGUUUGACCUCUGAGCUGGAGCACCUGGGAUCCUCCUAUACUCACAUUCAGCAGCAGCAGCAACAGCAGAUGGGACUGACCACACUGGAGCAGCAGGACUAUGACAUGGACCCCUUCAGACAGGGCCUGACCCCACCUCAGAUGCCAGGGGAUCACAUGCACCCCUAUGGUUUUAAGAGUCUGUACGGUGACAUGGACAGAGACCCUCUGUGUCACGUGGCCGACAGCGACUGCCUGUCCCUGGGCGACUCCUCUCUGCUCACCCCCAUCGACCGCCUCUACUCCAUGCAGGACUCUUACUUCACCUCCUGAGGGUGGAGAUCAGACUCAGCGAGAAGCGGUGUUUCUCCCUCGCUCUGCACCGCUCCUCAUCUAUCUGUCUGUACCGUGCACAAGGUAGUUGAAGAAAUAGUCCCCUCCAUGGGGGACGUGGGUACACUGUGAUACCAUGCAAUAUACCACGUGCACGUGCAUAUAAUUACACUACUGCCUCUUAUGCUUUACAAGCCCACUGUACGACACAGGCUCCUGUGUAUGCACGAUACUGUCGGACCUCUCUCACUAUGUUUGAAUGUUAGAUUAUGAGAUCAUAACUGCAUCUUCUAAUGUAAAUAACUGUUUGGGUGUGUGUAUUUGUAUUUAUUCUCACAAUGUGUGUA